AGCGUGAGGAAAGGCAGAGAGAUAAGCAAAAGUAAUGAAUGACACGCCAAAAGAAGCAGUUUGUCCAUCAUCCUUCUCUCGCAAUUCCUCAUUCUGACCUUUCUACCUAUCCUGUUGAUACGGGACUCCUCUUUUUAGUCCUUCCCCAGUCCGUUUGUCUUCUCAGCUCCUAUAUUUUUUCGCUGGUCAACAAUUUGACAUUCACCCUUCCCCGGGACAAAGUACUGGAAACAAUGACUCUCGGCGAGAGAGAACGACUCCUGCAACCGGCUCCCGCCCCUCCUGGGACCACGCUCUAUAGCGAACCAAACCAUUCUGAAGAUAUCGAGACUACCGAUGAACAUAAAUUGAGCUACAACAGGGUAGGGUUGAACGCCCGUCGAUUUUGGAUCUUGUGUGCUUCGAUGUGGAUAGCCUCUUUCCUGAACGCCUUCGACGGUACCGUAGUCGCUACUUUGCUGGGACCCAUAUCUUCAUCGUUCAAAGCGACCAACUUGGCAUCAUGGCUCGGUACAUCAUAUAUGCUCUCAGUCUGCUGCUUCACUCCCAUUUACGGACGAUUGUGUAACAUUAUUGGUCGUCAGGGUUCAAUGCUGCUUGCGCUUGCAAUCUUCACAACUGGUAAUCUUCUGUGCGCGUUUGCUCCUUCUAUGGAGGCUUUGAUUGCUGCUCGUGCACUAGCCGGUAUGGGUGGAGGUGGUCUCAGUAUAAUUGGAAGUACCAUCAUGAGCGACAUCGUCCCUAUCACCCAUCGAGGUAUCUUCCAAGGUCUUGCCAAUCUUGCCUUCGGUAGCGGAAUGGGUCUCGGCGCUCCCAUCGGCGCUCUCAUCAACGAUUGUCUCAAUUGGCGAUGGGCUUUUUGGGUUCAGAUUCCUGUUCUCCUCUUUGCCAGCUAUCUUGUCCAUUCCAAUGUUCGAUAUGAUGUCCCAUCACGCCCCAGCUCAGGUGCCGCUACACCUAACCCUGCGGCUGUUAAGCAAACCGCUAUGCAGCUUUUCAAGCGGAUCGACUUUCUGGGAUGUUUCCUACUUGCCGGAUGGGUAGGCGCCGCUCUGAUCGCCAUCUCGCUCAAUAUUAACUCUACUGCAACAAAUGCGUACAACUGGUCUGAUCCGAUCAUGAUCGGCCUAUUCGCCACCAGUGCUGUCUUAUUCGUCCUCUUCCUAUUUGUAGAACUCAAAUGGGCAGCCGAGCCCGUCAUGCCUUUUGAGCUACUGGUCAGUCGAACUCCGGUUGCGGUUGCUAUCAAUAACUUUGUGUUGUCUGUGGCCAACUUUGCUAUUCUAUAUAGUGUCCCUCUCUACUUUACAACUGUACGACAAAUGUCCGCUUCCAACGCCGGCGCUCAUCUUAUUCCAAACUCGUUCGUCGGCGUGAUUGGCUCUCUCGGCGCUGGACUCAUUGUUCGACGAACUCAUAAAUAUUACUGGCUCAACACUUUUUGUGCAUGCUUUGGAGUGAUUGGUUGCUUCUUGAUCUCCACUUGGAGACUUGGUACAUCUGAGUGGAUGCUCUGGACGAACAUGUCAUUCACCAGUUUUGCCAUGGGGGCUGUUACCACCUUGACCAUCGUCGCUCUUAUUGCAGAUGUCGGGCCUGAGCAUGUCGCCAUUGCUACCAGUUUGUCCUAUGUGUUCCGUACCAUCGGCCAAGUCUUGGGUGUAGCCUUGUCUGGAGCUUUGACUCAGGCAGUUCUGACCUGGGAACUGGAAAAGAGGAUACGAGGUCCUAAUGCAGAAGAGAUCAUUGCGUCGAUCCGAGAAUCGUCUGCUUCUAUUCGCUAUCUCCCAGAGCCUCUCAAGUCCAUCGCGAUUGCAUCUUAUCAGAAAGGUCUACACGCUGUCUUCAUUUGUACCGUAGUCCUGAGUGUGAUCACUCUCUUAUCAGGCUUAGGAAUCAGAGAACUUGAUAUGAAGCAGAUCAUGUCCGGAGGAAAACAGGCAAAGCAGGUACAGAACGAGAGCGAAGAGGAGGAGGCUUAAGGUCGUCGAGAAAUAUAUCGAGAACAUAUACCUGCUAAGGGAAGAGUACUUUGUAAAGCGGAGGCGGCCUCGUCAUUAUACGUGUGGUGUGGGAGUGUGACACAAUCAAUUGUAUCUUAAAAUAGAACAUCUAGCAUAGAACAUCUAGCUAAUUGUUAUAGAUUCAUAUCUAGCCAUCAUCUUGGACUUGUCAUAUGUGAUGCUUACUCAUUGGAUGCUUUGUCUGUGAUGUUGCAUAA